UAACUAUUGGUGUUAUUAAACUUUUUUUAAUUCUUGCACAUACUUACUGUUACUUGUAAAUUUCAUUAUUAUAUAAUUUAUGUAUGUGUCCGUAUCUCUUAAAACAAGUUAGUUUAACCUCUUGUUUGCUAGUACAACUGGAUUAAUUACUGUGUCGCGAAAUGAUGUAGGUCUAAAAAGUGUGUCACCAACAUGAAAAGUUUGGAAAGCUCUGAUUUAGACAGAUCAUACAAUUUAAAACAAGUUUCCAAUUUACUUCUAUGAUCAAAUUUGCUUAAUUCUCUUGGUAUCCUUGGUUGAAGGAAGAAGCAGCAAUGCACUGCUGGGAACUAGCUGAACAUAUGUGGUGGGCCAAUGACAAGAGGCAUAAAUGUACAGCCACCAAUCAGCAGCUAGCUGCACUUAGUUCAUUGCUGCUCUUGAGCCUACCUAGAUAUGCUUUUCAACAGAGGAUACCAAGAGAACAAAGCAAAUUCGAUAACAGAAGCAAAUUGGAACGUUUGUUAAAAUUGUAUUCUCUAUCUAAAAUGAUUAAUAUUAAAAUAAAUUGGCUUUCAUGUCCCUUUAAAAUCAAACGGGAGACACAUUUUAUAAUGAAAAUAUUAAUUACCAAACCAAUCAUGUUGUAUUUAGAUUUGCUACUUAUUUUAAUUGUACUGGGACAGGCCUAGACUUGAGAGGUACAACCAAUGUCUCCGGCCAGCCUUGUGCGCUGUCCCAAUUCAAAAGACCUUCAGAAUUUUUUCAGAUCUUUCCAAUAUGGCUAUGUCCUGACAGAGGUGACUCUGACUAUGGAUGGUAGUUUCAAACAUAGUUGUAAAGCCUUAGUGUUUGUAUAGGAAAGCUUAAAGGAAUACCAAACACAAUUUGUUUUAUUUGUGAUUCAGACAGAGCAUACAUUUUUAUAAAAGUUUCCUAAUUCUAUUAUCAAAUUUACUUCGUUCCAAUGAUGUUCUGUGUUGGAGAGAUACCUAGGUUGGCAUCUGGACCACUACAUGGCAGGGAAUAGUGCUGCCAUAUAGUGCUCUUGCAAAUGGAUAACAUUCUUGCAAAACUGCUGCCGUAUAGUGCUCCAGAAAUGGGCUGGCUCCUCAGUUUAUGUCCCUGCUUUUCAACAAAAGAUACCAAAGGAAUGAGAAAAAAAACAGAAGUAAAGUAGAAAGUUGUUUAAAAUCACAUGCUCAAUCUGAAUCAUACAAGAAAAAAAUGUGAGUUUCAUAUCCCUUUAAAGAUUGAAAACAGUUAAAAAAAAAAGUGAUAAUCGGAUAAAUAGCAAUAGUACCCAAGGAAAAGGAAUAAUUGCACAAUGGGGGUGAAAUCAUUGCCCUUUGUUUUACUGGCAACUAAUUUGGGCUAAAAUGACUGAUGUUUAUUGCUGGUGCUAAGGGGUUAAAUUAUCAAUUUAUGUGUCAUACUAGCAGCCAAAGUAAAAAUCACUUGAUUUAUUUGUGUUGCUGGCAGCCAAAAUAAACAAUAAAAUGUAACCCAGCCGGAAUUUUUUUUUAUUCUAAAGUGCUAAUGUAUUUUUCUAGAGAUAAGAACAACUCAUAUAUAGCAAGCCAUGUUUAUAUUUAUAGCAUUGCAGUACUGCUUACAACCUUGAGGAAGUGGAUUAAGUUGCAGCUGGUUCCUUAGGACCUGCUGGAGUAAAAUGGCUUAUUGGCAUAGAAUUAAAAAAUCAUUUUCUGAAAUUACAAAAUGCAGGCAGAUGUUACUGUAGAAUGUUAGCAAAUGGAAGUCAAGGCCGUAGUAAUAGUAUUAUAAAUGAUUUUAAUGGAGAAUGAAAAGUAAAGGCCCCAAAUAUAUUUCUGCUUGAGUUCUCCAUGCAGCGAGAUACAACACAGUCCUACAACAACCCAUUCUAAGGCGUCUAGGAUCUCCCCCCUCAGCCUCUUUGGCUGCAUGCCCUAACAUUAUACACAGCAGCGGAUGCCUCGCACUGCUGUUCCGGUCAUAAAACCUGAGCACUCAGCUCUACACAAGGAGGCUUCAUCUAUCCCCAGGCCUCGCACUGAGCCGAAGAUCUGUAGCCAGGAGAACAUCUGUCUACAGAAGGUCAAGUCUGGAAAGGGGCAGUCAUGGGACAUCCUUCCCUGUGGAUGAAAGUGGAUAACAAGCCCAAGUCAUGCAGUCUUUUCGGGAAAGGUGUGGUUUCCAUGGCAACCAGCAGAACUACCAACCAACUUCACAGGAUUCCUCACGCCUGGAGAAUUACAGGCAUCAAAGUCAGCCGGGACUCAACUGUGAGCGUCAGAGACAGGUCACUAAAGGCUACUAUACCCAGCCAUCCUACCAGGGCUAUGAAAACAACACAGGAGAGAAAUAUCCCAGAGGGGACAAACAAAUGAAUGUCCAGCAGCUUCAAGGCAGGGUUUCCUUUGCCAGUUUUCCAGAAGGCAGUGUGUAUCCUGCGCAGUAUUCAGGAGAGGAUGGGAUGCAGAACUGGGGGCAAGCUCAGACUUUGGUUGGGGCAAAGUAUGAGGAAAACCUUAUAAAGAAGAUAACUGGGGAGGGUAGAGGGUACCAAGAUCCAAAUCGCCAACUCCCAUUUCGCUCUCAAACUCUGCACCACCAACAGCAAUCAACAAUGUCCUAUGCCAAGAUGCCCAGACAGAAGGUACAAAAUGAUGUCAGGGCGUCACCCCUCUCUUUCUCCCAAUCCCCCCACUUCAACCAGAGUUUUCCCACACAGUCCCCCACCUAUUCAUCUGUGGCUGGGGGCAGCCAAGUUUCUCACUCCUUUAAGAGCUGUACAGCACCCUCCAAUCCUCCUCAUGAGCUCCCCAUAGCUAAUACUGGUCAGAGAGUGCAAGCGAUGCAUGGAUACCAGUCUACUAGGUUAACAUCCUAUGAGCAGCAGCAACGUCAACAUGCCCAAGAAACACUGCACUACCAAAAUAUGGCAAAAUACCAACAUUACAGUCAACAGGGUCAAACAUACUGCCAAAAUGAGACUCCCAGUAGGACUCCAGAACAGUAUUACCAACCAUUCAGCCCCAGUGCCAAUCAUUCACCUGGUCGUUCAGUUGGCAGAUCCCCAUCUUAUAGCUCUACACCAUCUCCCCUUAUGCCAAACCUUGAGAACUUCCAGUAUAACCAGCAGCAACAGCACAACACUGGCUCAUUCCCUUUAGGUAUGUCUGAUCACAGUCAUUAUAUGCCCCUCCUGAAUCCCUCACCCACAGGAACUUCUAGUCCAGAGUCACAAAGCAAAAGUUUGCAAAAUGACAAAAUCCCAGAGACUUUGUUGUCUGACCUCAGUCUUCAGAGUCUCACAGCUCUUACUUCACAAGUAGAAAACAUAUCUAGCACAGUGCAACAAAUUCUGAUGUCAAAGGCUGGCAUCCCACAGAAGAAAGGAAUUAAAACAUCUCCAAGAACUUCUGAACAAAUGAAGGGGCAACACUGCAGUCCUGAGAGCACCACAUAUUCUACUGAACAAUUGGGAACCCCUCUGUCUGAGACUCUGGGAACACCACAGUCUGUACAUACAGAGAUUCAAGAUGGAGACUACCUCAGUGGCUCAGAGGACCACAUUGAAAGGAAUUACUUGUGCUGUGGUCCAAGCCAGAGUCCAGGGAGAGCUAAUAACUCCAAAAUGAAAACAGAAUCCAUUUCCACAUGUUCUGUGACUUCACCAGACAACAUGUCAUCAAAGUCCAAUGAUUCCUUCCAGAGUAUUCAUGCUAGCCUCCCUUUAGAGACAUUUGCAAAGCUGGUGAGCAGUGAGAGGGAGUGCCCACAUUUACUUGUGAAUGCUUUGUCCCAAGAGGAGCUGUCUACAGAAAUCAUUGCACUGCAAGAUGCAAUUGAAAAUGAGAAGGCAGAGAAAGCUUGGGCUGAUUCCCCUGUGCUUGAUAAUGAUUCUUCAAAAUCACCCUUCCACUUAGAAAACCACACAGACUGUGUGGAUUCUGUCGUUAAAAGCACUUGGUCCAACAAGAGGAAUUUAGAAGAUUUUACUGAAGCUUUUAAAAAAAGCAAUAUAGAGACAACUGAAUUGACUAACCACAAUAACACAGAUUUCAGAGCCAAGUCUUGUGACAAAGAGCUGAUUUCAUCAGAGCCAACAAAAUCCAUCAAGGCAGAGAAUUCUUUGGAGUUUAGUUCUGAAACUAUUGUUAAGGCUGCUACUUCUAGUGCCAGUUAUACCCCCUAUUCUAAUACAACAACAGAUACAAACUGCUCAAAGACUACUGACCCUUUUGACUGGACAGAUAAAAACUUAAAUGAAUCAUGCCUAAGAUGGAAGGAGUUAGAGCUGAGCCUGCACUCAUCAGAUCUCCACAAAGGUUUGUUUCAGAGUAAGGAAAGUAAAAUUGACUGUCAGCUUGAUGUGCCUGAUGUGGAAACACCAUUGGAAAAUGACUCUGGAGAAGAGUUCAACAAAGAAGGGGCAGAUGAUUUGUCAUUUGAAGAUGUCAGUAAAGCAGACAAUGAGAAGUGGCUGGAAGAUACAAGAGACUGUUACACUGAAGAUGAAUUUCAAGAUAUUCCUGAUAUUCCAUCCCAAAAAGAAUCCAAUCUUGAACCAGAAGAUUAUGCUUCUUUGUGUGAUUUUUCUGACAGAAAAUCAUUUAUAUAUGACGUGUCAACUCCAAAGCCUUUAGUGGUUUCAGAAGAAUUAUCUUCUAUCAAUACUCCAGGAUCUGUAGAAAUCCCAAGUACAGAGGAGAAGGAAAACUCUGUACCAUCUUCUCAUUUGUCUGGUCACUCUAUAAGCCUACUUGGUCCAGCUGUGGGCACAGAGUCCAAAGUUAAAAGCUGGUUUGAGUCAACUCUGCCACACAUUAAAACUGUGGAGGAUAUAAAAGAAAAGAGUGAGCCGGAUGCUGAAACUACAGAAACCAGCAUGGUGCAGCAUUCAGUCCCUGAAAAGAUUGAAGAAACCUGUGUUAAUACAGAGGAUAAUCAACUGUUAAUAAAAGCUGAAGAGGAGCUUAAGAGUAAACCAGUCCGCCGUAGAAGAAAUCAGAGUAGAAUAUCUAAAGCCACUGAGCUAGAUAAUGUUUUUAAGAAUACUUCUGUUGAUGUAAUUGGAGCUUCAAAUGAAGAGAAGAGCCAAGCAAAUGAGGUGAAUUUGAUAAUGCCAAUUAUUGUGGCAAAAGUUCCAACAGAAGACAUGCCAGCCAGGAUGUGCACGCGCUCCUCUACUGCAAAGGUGGAGCCUCAAGUACAUGGACCGAUUUUAGGACUGAAGGCACCUCUUCAGGAGAAGCUUACUAAAAGAGGGCCAUUUGGAGUAAUUCAAAGAGGCCCUUUUAAAGCUGGUAGAAGAAGUGGCAAGACAGCUGUCAAAGUCAUGACCUCUUCAAAUGACCAGAGUGCUUUUGUGUUUCAAAAAAAGUCAUUGAGGCACCUUGCUAAUACAAAGAAAGAUAAGGAAAUAAGUUGUAAACUUAAAAAAGAUGAAAGGUCUAUGAUAUUGAGGUCUAGGAACAAGAAAGAGGAGCUCUUCCAAACUAAAAGGAAAAAAGGAAGGAAGGGAAUAAAAUUGGGGCUAAAAAAACGUUCUGCCUUGAAAAAGAUAAUUGCAAGCAAUUGCACAGUAUCAGAGACAUUAAAGAUAAUGCCAAAAGUAAGACAAAAAAUGAAGCUUUCAAAUUCAGGCAUUGGAAUAAAUGUUAAGAAUUCUGAGCGAACAUUGCACUCUCUAAAAAGAAAACCCAACUUCAUUUCUCCAAUACCAGCCAAAAAGAAAAAUGUGAUUUUACGCCACAAAAAAGAAAAAGUAGAAAAACCUGAAACGCCUCCAAAAUUAUUCAAGAAAAUUAAGUCAACAAAAAAAACAAAGGUCAAAUUAACGAUUGCUGCAAAAAAGGCUUGCAAAGUCAUCCUAAACAGCACUUCAGUACGAACAACUCAGGAGGUCUGUUUAAAAAUUGGUUCUCGAUCUUACGGAAGUGCCAUUAAAACAAAAGUCCUGCCACCUAGGAAAGGUAGAGGUCUAAAAAUGGAGGCAAUAGUACAAAAAAUUACUUCACCAAAUCAGAAGAAGCAAGGAAGCACUGGUGCAGGGUCCACCUGCCCUGUGACCAAUAGUAGUAGCAUUCUUGUGCAUGGAAGUGAUCUAGCAGCUUCUAGCUCACUUUUGGAGGAUUCUGAAAUGAAGACAUUGAACCAAGACAUGACCCAGAAUUCUCAUACCAAAUCAGAGUCCGAUCUGCACUCUUUAAACUGCAGUGGUUCAAACAGUAGAUCUUUGAAAGGAAAACCAGCGCACAAAAAAAAGGGGAGAUCAGUGUCCUUGCACAGUGAGUUAGGCACACACAUAUUGGCUGAACCAGAAAGAAAAUCUCCCAAUGCCAAAAGACUAAGCAUUGAUCCAAAACAAAGACUCAAGAGAGGGAGAUCCAGAGGUGCCAUGAGCACAUCCAAAACAUCAGCAAAGAAAUGUGUAUCUUCUCCUUCUGUGCAUCUUACGUCUAGAGAAAAGGCUGCCUCAAAAAGUGUCCUGUUAGCCAGCAAACAUCCGCCCAAUGAGUACAAACAGACAAAAGUCAAGCAGUGCUCAAGUCUACCUAAUGCAACCAAGCAGCUUUCAUCUCAAACAAGGACUAGAAAGAAAGCAAAGUAUCCCACAUUCAAUGGCUACACUAAGAGACAGCGUAAGUCAUCUUCUCUGAGCAAAUCUACAAACCGAGUUGGUGGUAAACGCAGGACAACAAGGCGUAGUGCUCCCCUAAUUAGCCCCAAAGAGCCAGAAAUCAAGCUCAAGUAUGUGUCCUCUAAACCUGUGAGGACAGAGAGUAGAUCCCAAUUGUUUUCCCCAUAUGUUCAAGUAGAGAAAAGAAAUGAGUUCACUACAACUUGCACAGUAAUCAACACUGUUGGAGAAGAGACCAGGUUACUUAAAGAGAGGAACACAACUCGUACAGUAACUCCCACUCAGUCUUUUGCUAGCCCAGGUUCUUUGCCCAUUUCUUCUAGGAUGCAGUUAGGGCCUCUUGUGUCCAAGGCUAUGACCACGGGUUGUCUUGUCUGUUGCCUUUGUCAAUGUCCAGCCAAUUAUAAAGACUUAGGAGAUUUGUGUGGGCCUUAUUACCCAGUGGACUGUCUUCCCACCAAGAAAAUCAGGCCAAAAGAUAAAUUAAGAGCAGAAGAGACUUUAGUGGAAAGGUCACUCAAGGCAGCAGACAGUGUGUGCACAACAGGGAUUGGGAAACCGUUUUGUCUGGACAGUGGAGCUGUUGACCCAGCCAAACAUAACAGUCUGCGUUCCAGUGCCCGUAGCCUGUUAAGAAAACUCCCAAGCUGUUAUUGCUGCAGCAAAAAGACAGAGGUGAUGGGGGCUGAGAAACCCAAGAGGCAUCAGUGCAGCAAGAACCCAGAGCCCCCACCCUUGGAAACAACUACAGAAACAAAGGAGCACUGGGUACACGAGGCCUGUGCUGUUUGGACCAGCGGAGUUUACCUGGUGGCAGGGAAAUUGUAUGGAGUACACGAGGCUAUUCAGAUGGCAGCCACAGGGCUUUGCCCCAAGUGCCAGAGGUCAGGUGCGACCGUGGGCUGCAGCCACAAAGGAUGUUUACAGAGUUACCACUACACGUGUGCAGUGGAGGCAGGUUGCUUGCUAAGCGAAGAGAACUUUUCCUUACGAUGUCCGAAACACAAGAGGCACCUGGUGUAACCACCUGCUCCUCAGCUGUCACCCUCAUCACACACAAGAUAUUUGGUUCACUCCUCGGCACCGUCACCACAUCCUGCAGGGAAGAGAGGGCUGGUUGCCCAGAAUGCCAUCAGCCGGUUGACCUGCUGCCAUGGAGUCAGACUCUGCUCUGCCAAUGUCUGGGCAGAGCUGCAAUCUCGGUGCGGUUCUCUGUGCAUGGGACACAUUAUGGUCUUGGAGUUGGUACCAGGUCCCAGUAGAAAGGAGAGAAGUCAGGAAUCCCGGAAGACAUUUCAGCGGAAACAGAACGAAACUACAUCCCACAAACAAAAGACUGCGAGGUGGACCCUUACCGGAUAAAUAUAUGUCACAUAAUCGGAGUUUACCUGAUCAGUGCGCAAACGGGAUAAAGCUUUUACUCAUUACCAUUUUGUGUUGCAAAUUAAUUCUUCCGGGGGGUCAGUAAAGAAACAUUUCCUGAGAGCAAGGGUUAUCCAGCCUAAACAUUUGGACAGUUUCUUCUAUUUAAUUUGAGUAAUAACUAACCAUUGUUAAUUCAGUCAGCUGUGUGUGAGGUUCCGCUGCUUUCCAAAGCAUGGCAGGCUCCUAACAAAAAAAUAUUAAUUGAAUGAGAGAAUAUUCCAAAGUCUUAUUCUCGUAUUUCAAAAAGAAAAUGACAAAGACUGAAUGAGAUAUUUCAUAUUUAUAGAACUCCAAUACGUUCAGCUGCGCUGGCCUUUUGUGUGGGAGAUCCUAGUUUUUUUGGAAAUCAGAUCGGGGAACAAAUAUUGCAGCCAAUUUAACCCAUUUUGCUUCCAGAGAAACAAACUGUGUAUUGCAUUGUUCACCUUUCAUACAAAAAAAAAAAAAGGAUAAAUUGCUGUGGAUUUAUCAGAUAUGUCGAGUGAUUUAUUUUUUUUCUGCUCCCAAAGCUGUGUCAUUAAUCCCCUAGCAAGAAUGUAUCACGUGUAGAUGGCUGACAUAGUUAAGGACAGAAUGCUUUCUCUGUUUACGGACUGCUGUGACAGAACAGUGUUAAUUUUGUCCUCCUUGUUGCACAAGUAGUUUAGCAAUGUGUCUCACUCAUGUGACCUUUCAUUACAGUGUUUCAUACUAUGGCUCCACCAUGACUUUUUGUCCUGCUCCCAUUUGUUUUAUCCUUAAAGGGACACUGAACCCAUUUUUUUUCUUUCAUGAUUCAGAUAGAGUGCUGCCCAGGGUCCUGAACCAAAAAAUAGCUGUCUCUUUAGCUUAGAUGCCUUCUUUUUCAAAUAAAGGUAGCAAGAGAACGAAGAAAAAUUGAUCAUAGGAGGAAAUUAGAAAGUUGCUUAAAAUUGCAUGCUCUAUCUGAAUCAUGAAAGAAAACAUUUUGGUUCAGUGUCCCUUUAAAGGGAUACUAAACCCAGAUUUUUUUCUUUAAUGAUUCAGAUAGAGCAUGCAAUUUUAAGCAACUUUCUCAUUUACUCCUAUUAUCAUUAUUUCUUCGUUCUCUUGGUAAAUUUAUUUAAAAAGCAGGAAUCUAAGCUAAGGAGCAGGCCCAUUUUUGCGUCAGAACCUUGGUUAUGCUUGCUUAUUGGUGGCUAAAGUGCUAUCCAGGGUGCUGAACCUAAAAUGGGCUGUUUCCUAAGCUUUACAUUCCUACUUUUCAAAUAAAGAUUGCAAGAUAACGAAGACAAAUUGAUAAUAGGAGUAAAUUAGAAAGUUGCUUAAAAUUGCAUGCACUAUCUGAAUCAUGAAAGAAAACGUUUGGGUUUAGUAUCCCUUUAAAUAAUUAUUUUGUAUUUCCUGUCUCCCUGUCAUCAAUUUUUUAUAUAUAUAUAUAUUUGAGAGCAAUUUCUGGUUCUACAUGGUAACCGAACUACCCAAAUUUUCUAAAGCAGCAAUUAAAAGCAUUGGUAUUACCGUUUUACUGCUGUGAAUCCAAGAUGUCAAUUAGCUGCCACUCCAUUUUCUUGUUGCCUGUGGAUUGUUCAGGACGCACACCAUGCUGUACAUACAAGAGUUAAAAAUAAGCGUGGAUAAUUUUUCAUUUUAUGAUAUGUCUGUACGUGUGUGUGUGUAUAUAUAUAUUUAUAUAUAUAUAUAUAUACAGUAUAUAUAUACACUCCUUAGCUGCCAGGGGUAAUGCAUGUUCUGCAUACUCUGAUGGUAACUAAAGUGUUAAACUUAGUGUUCUUUUUAGUAAAUUUGCUUCACACUGAAGACUGGGUGUACUGAGCUUUCUAAAAGAUGUUUAUUUUCGUUAAGAGUACAAAAAAAAAGAGGUUGUUGGGAAUGUGAAUAAAAAUACAAAGAUCA